AUGGAUUCAUCUCAGUCCCUACGAGAUACCUGUGCUAAUCCAGAUUCUCUGUUUGCCCUUUCGGAUGAGGACCUGAUUCACCUCGUGUACAAAGAGUUUCCGGAGGAAAUUGACCGUCUGCGACGGGCAUACUCUAUCCGAGAUGGUCCCUGGACUCCUCCUGGCACUCCAUCGCCAUCCUACAUUUUAUAUAACGAAGACUACGACGAAGUGAAUCGCACACUUGUGGGGUUCCUAGCACUCCGCUGGAUCCAUACGGGGCAAUACGAGACCUUCAUCAGUUCACAGGAAUCCGCAUCUCAGCUAACAAGAGAUUCGUUUGAUUGGAUCCACGGAUUCUACACACACCUCAUCACAGACGCCAACACACUCUUUGCCUUAAUCACCUCAAUAAUCAUCAACGACCUAGGCAAAGACCCACAGCUAGCAUCCGACUGCUGCGCAAAGACAGGUGUGGACAUCUCAACUCUCAACCACGACGCCAUUCUCCUCGCGGCCUGUAACGCCGGCCUAGUCCCCUCGCUGGACAAUCUCCCAGACCAAGAUAGGGACGAUGUUCUCCUGGCAAUCAAGCUCGGCGCGACCUUCAAUUUUGGCCAACUGGCCCAGGCAGAAAACGCCCCGGCCUGUCUGUCCGGUCUACCCCGCAUGAAGGGCCACGACCGCAGCUUCCAACUCCGCUUCAUGGAACAACUGCUCGAUAUCGCCGGUGCUGCGGGGCACAUGGACUGGACGUGUGCGAAGAAACUCAUCCAGCCUAUCUUCGACUCCUAUCGCAAUGUCUACGAUGUCUGCGAGGGUGUCAUUUCAGGCACCCUGACCGUCCGCAGUGGGUAUGACUUGAUAUUAAUCCGACGUGCGGCGUUCCUGCGCGACAAGGACGUGCGGGGAUUCCAAGUGGAAGAGAACCCGGGCGACCGGGCGUUAGUGCGGUUGUUCUGUAUGGGCAAUGUGACUACGCGGGAAAAGGCGCUUUUGUAUGAGGAUGCGUGGCGUGCGUUGGAGGACCCCGUUAGGGAGACUCUGGCAAAUGCUCUCAAUCUAGAUGGUCGCAGGGGCGAGCCUGCUGUUCAGCCAACGUAUAUUCCUGCUCUACUUGGCCGUAUACAGGAUGUGAAUGCAUUGGUGUGUACCCUGCAUUACCUUGCUCAGGUCAUGAGUGCGACCGACAUUGAAGACCCUUCCGCCGUGGUUAUCGAGCGGAGUGUGUAUCCGAUUUUGAAACAUUUUGUUGAGAGUGAGGAGUUUCUGGAAGAUCCGACUAUCUUGGAGAGGGUCGACAUGCCUGAUGGCGUGGUUGCUCUGAACACAGCCUCAAUUUGA